AUGGCUGGUUCCACGGUUUGGAUUGAGCAGCAGAAGGCGUUGUGGAUGCGCGCCUACGAUGAAGUCAUCGCGCCUGAGCUAGAGAAUCAAUGGAAGAAGAGGGACCAAGAUCACAAGAAUCAAUUAAAAGAAAAGGAAGAAAACCAACAGAUUUUGUUCAAUCAUUUGAAUGAGGAAAUUCAGAAAACUGCACGUCUGACUAAAGAGAAUGAGUCGUUAAAAGAAGAACUUCGACGUCGAUAUGAGCCCGCGGGGAACAUGUCCGGUCCAGGCGCUGCCAAUUCCGACAGUUCAUUACAGGAAGAAUUCCUUCAACUCACUGAGAAGUUUAGCGAACUGACCAGAAAGUAUGAAGAUGUAACGCAAAAAGCCAAGUACUUGGAGAGGAAGAAUCAGGCUGUUAUGCAAAAGAAUAAAGAUAUGAAAGAAAGUGUUCGCGCGUGGCAGGAGUACGCUGAUCGACAGGCUGGAAAGCAGAAGCUAAAGACUGAGGUACGGACUGGCGAACCUCAUUCUCGAUUUCUCUCUGCAUAUCAUCAUGAAGACCGUCCUCAUGUACCCUCUAGCCCAUGUUCUGUCGCGACUGCCAGAACACCGGCAACACCGGCAGAUUUUGGGCGCUCGUCUCCUGCCCCUAUAGUUUCAUUUCCACAAGCAUCUGUUCCAACACCAGGAGCGUCGACAUCUCGUCCUACAACACCAAGAUCACACGCAGGCAAGGAGCUUCAAGGCCGGAGUGGUUCCAUCACGCCAAAGCCAGCUUAUCAAUCUGAUUCCAUGCGACAGAACCGGAGUGUUGACAGAGUUUCGGCCCCUUCGCGACAAGAUAACGUUGCGUGUCACGAGGGGAAAGCGUACGCCUCUCAGCAGGCCAACCCAGAUUCGAGCCAAACAACCGUGGAUGAAUUCGUCGAGCGAGUAAUAAUGUCGAAACAAGACAAUGAGGUGCAAGACGAAGAUGACUUUCCACAAUUCGUUUCAGAGCGAUCACUGAAGCGGAAACGUGGUCAACCGCCAAAGUCCAGAUUCCAAAUCUAUGCCGACCGGGCCUCCGAUGGGACUCCAGCCAAACCCUAUAGCGUGAAAGAGGAACCGCAGAGUAGCCCACCUACUACCGUCUCCACGGUACUAUUACGGAAGGAAACAUUUGAUCUCGAUGAACCUGCGCCAAUUGUAUUGACGUCGCCCCGUCAUACGCGGAAACUUGUGAACAGCCAUUCAAAUGCAACUGGCACACUACGCCAUCAAAGAUCAAACAGCGCACCAUUCUCCCAAAGCAUCAAGGAAGAGCAUCAAGAUAUUGAUCAACCCAGGGGUAAUGAUAGCCAUGAUCCCCUGGUGUCUCACCGCGCCACGGUUGAGCUUCCACUGGCAGACCCUGAGGAGCGCGCGUGUAGUGAGCCUACAGAUUCGAUCCAACUAGAAGAGAAUGUUCUUCGAUCCCUCGAUCCAAAUAUAACAAGCAAUAUUUCUGAAGAGCCUCCCAAGAAACGAUCUCGCCGGUCUGGGGCACGGCAUCUGGCCGGACUUGAUGUGCUUGCAGAAUCAGGCGAGUCUUCUGGGCAUAUCGCUAAUCAGCUGAGACUACCACCACGCCUCGCUCGAGAGCGAAUCAAUCGGCGACUACGUAGUGCGAAGAGUCCUCAAACACCCAUCAAGAGCUCUCUGCAAGCACCAAACUCUGAACCUAAGAAAAUCAAGGCGGAGCCUAUAUCCACACCUUCACCAGACACACCUCGCUCUAAGCACACUCCUCAUAAGACGGGCCAUGAAUCUAGUUCGAAGCCCCUCGAUAAUCCUACACAUAGCGGUGGCCAAAUCUGGACAAUGAAGGCUCCUCAUACGCGCGCGGGCCUGCGUAAAAGCCGCGGAAAAGAGUCAAAGCAGCAGGGGCGUCUGCGAGAUCGGCCGCAUACCGAGCUGGCCAUCCAGGACUUCAAGCCCAACCCAGCGUAUAACCAAGGUUAUAGUUAUGCUUUCUCCGAGACUGUUCGCAAGCGAGGUGAUCGUAUGUGUUUACCAGGAUGCACCAAUCUGCAAUGCUGCGGCUCCACCUUCCGCGCCUUUGCACAAGCACAGGCUCCUCUCCCUGCAUCCGAGGAGGAAGCUCUCGUUGAAGAUUAUCUUGGCGACGCGUACAACAGUAUGCAACUCACACAAAUGUCUGUCGAAGAGCGCCAGGAGCUUGUUCUGCAAGCGCGCACAAGGAAGUUGGCCAAAGAAUCGGGGAAGCAUCGCCAGGCGUAUGAGCGUAGAAGAACGCCGCCGGGGUUCUGGAGAGUCGACUUCCCGACUACACAGGAGCAGCAAGAAGACAGAGAGAAAGCUAGGGAGAUGGAGCGGAUGGAGGUUCAGCAACGUUGGCUGGAGGCUCAGCGGAAAGGUGGGAAGUGGGUGUUUCGGGAUGAGUAG